AUGAAAGAAUUGAACGUCGGUCUCAACGAGCACUCCCAGCACGAUCCACCUCUCCCCGACACAAUCCCCCAAGCACCCACCCAAGCCCCGUCCCGCCCCGAUGUGUCGUCAUAUCCCCCUCCGUCCCUCCUCUCGAUGCCAGACAUGAGCUCUGGAAGCAUCGGCAACGUGACCCGCGAGCUGUGGGACGUCCGCCGAGAGAUCGCCGCCCUCGCUGCACGCGAAACCGCGUUGGAGCAGCAGCUCAAGCGAUUAGGAUCGUGUCCCGCGCCCGAAACUCCCGCCGCAACCCCCCUCAUCUCAACAACUGGUACGCCGGCGCCCCGCGAUGAGAUCUCGAAGCUCCGCGCCCAGCUGCAAGCUGAGGAUGAAGCUCGGAAGGUAGCGGAGCGUGCACUCGAAGACGAACGGCGACGACACGAACUCGCGGAGGCCGCCGUAGCGGACGUCCGUCGAGAGUGCAGGGCGCCGUUCAUCGUACCCGCGCUUGUGGACGCGUUCGUGCAGAUGUCUCGCAUCGCCGGAGACGUGCUGGCCGGUGCCGGAGGAGGCUAG